AUGCAGGAUUAUGAUGAAAGCACAGCGUUCCUGGGUCAGUGGGGACGCUUCCAGCAGGUUGUCUUCUUCGCACUUGUGACCAGCGUCAUACCCAAUGGAUUUGGAGCUUUUUCUGUUAUUUUCUUUGCUGAUGUUCCCACCCACCACUGCCUGGUUCCUGAUGUUAAUCUAACAGAAGACUGGCUCAGUGUCAUUAUACCAAUAGAGGUAAAACAAACAAAAAAUGAGCGCUGUAGUUUUGUUAAACUUUUUCUCUUUAUAUUCGUGACAUUUGAACAAUUUCUCCAAGAAACUGACUAGCUGAAAAAAAUGGCCAAUUUAAGUUUUUAUUUUUGUACUGUUUUUUUUUAUUAUUUUCUUGACGUUAUACUGAUAUUUUUCUGAUUUUUUGUGUCUUUUUAUCUUGUAUUUGCAACUUAACAGUGUAAAUUCAGUUUACAUGUCAAUUAAUAUGUGAAAGAUAACAUCUGGAGGUGUUAACAAACCAACAAUCUAUGACCAGACAGACGUUACAAGUUAUUUGGUACAUUGAUAUUAAGAAUAAAGUUUAUGUUCUUGUGUCUGUGAGGUGAUAGAUGGAGAAGAGAGGCAGAGCAGCUGCAGCAGAUACAAGCUGGAUGUGGUCAAAAACCUCUCUGCUCAGGGAUUAAUUCCUGGUAGGGACGUUAACCUGACGGAGCUGGAGCAGGAGGGCUGUUUGGAUGGGUGGAGCUACAGCAAAGACAUCUACCAGUCUACUGUCGUCUCUGAGGUGGGAGUGUUAUGUCUCCUUUUAUGUAUCUAGUCAUCUAGUGAAUGUCACAGUGUACAUAUAGCUCCAGUAAUGUGCCUAAACUGGUUCAAAUUAAUUGGAGGAGUUUUGGAAACGGUACAGUUGCAUGUAGUUAAACUGUGUCACUCCAGUCAGACUGCCUUCAAGAACUACAAGUCAAAAUUAAAGCUCACUAUUACUGCUUAUAGAUUAUAUAAUUCAACUGUGUCUGCACCUUUUUGUGCAUGUUAUAUAACUUUUUUUUCAUAAUACUUGUCGAUGGGUCCAGGUCAUUGGGUCUUCAUAUUUUCUUAAUCGUGCACCUCCUUUAAAACACGACAAAAGCUGAUAAAUUAAAAAAAAAACACCUCUAUCAAGACUUAAAGCAAGGAUAAAAGACAUCAUUAGAUGGCUGAUACACUCUUGAUACUCUUUUUUUUCCCCCAAAUUGUAUCCUGGCUCUUGCUUUGACAAUGUCCCUUUGAUUUAGUAUAUAGAUUUGUAAAGCAAAGUCAGCUUACUUAAUUAUAUACCUAAAUGUUUAAGAUGUUCACUGCAGCAGCAUAGCAUGGAUCGUGUUUGGAGUCUACGCUCCACUAUGAUCACUCUUUUCAGAUCAGUUUUAUGCGCAGAAAUGUGUGGAAUUAUAUCUGCUGCUGGAAAUAAUUGCUCGGGGAGAAAUGUCACAGCUUUUGACAGACAAAACUAGUGGAAUACAGCUAAACGUGAAAGUGUAUGAAAUCAGUUCCUGUUUGAAUGAGCUGUAUCACUUCACGUACGAUAUGACUCCAUGAAUGAAACGAGUUUUCAGUUUUCAGUAGUUAAGCAAAUAACUUCAUUUUAAUGGGCAGCCUUUUAUUGCAACUGUGUUGGACUAGCAAACAGAUAGAUGGAGACAGAGAGAAAGAGUCAGAGACAAACAUAGAAACUACUAUGACAACAACAGCCUUUUCUACAGUGCCAAUACAGUGAAUUUCCCAGUUUGGGAUCCAUCCAUCCAUCCAUCCAUCCAUCCAUCCAUCCGUUUCAGUCUAUAUGAUAGUGGUUCCAGGAAGAUCCUUUUUUGACCAACUUUUGGGAUAUCUGUAAUAUUGUUUCCAGGUCAACAUAAACGGUUAGUAACUUUAAUGGUACAUGAGAACUUUGUGAUGUGUAGACAGAUAGAGGAGAAAGGGAGAAAUACAGAGGAUGUGUGAGCUUGUUCCUCGAGCAUUGUAAGUCGGAAAAGUCAAAUGGCGCAUAAAUAAAACUGAAAGGCUGCUUUACAAACAUGAAGCAGCAUGAAUGAAGGAUUGACAUUCCCUUAAAAUGUGUUUAACUGUGUGUGCGUGGAUUUUCCAGUUUGACCUGGUGUGCAGUGAGCAAUGGAAACAGCCGUUAACCUCCACCAUCAACUUCCUUGGAGUUCUUUUUGGAUCCUUUUUCUCAGGACAGCUCUCAGACUGGUACUAAAAUCACGACCUCGCUCAGAUUUUAUAUUUUCAUGAGUCACGCACUUUAGAAAAAUAUCUCUAUAUCAUCCCCUUGACAUUCAAAAUUUAAAGAAAGGUUGCCAUAGAGGCCACAUUUGCUUACUUGCUGAAAUUUGGUACCAGCCAUCUUGAUUUGAAUUUGAAAUUACUUGUCCAAGAUGUUUUUGUCACAUGGUUUGUCACACUUAUCUUCAAGUCGGUGGAAAAAAAGACACAUCAUAGAUUUCAUGAAACCAAAAUAUGUAAACCCUCAUAGAUCUCAUGUACAAAGUUUGAACCUCUCUGAAAUGUAUAUGUAUGAUUAAAGUCCUGGGUGGAAUACACUUAAAUCCAAGUUUCACUCUCGAGCUAGACAGCUAUCUAUGAUCUGACAUGUUUUACUCUGUGACAGACAUCUCCUGACAUGCUGUUCCCUUGUUUAAUGAAUGUCUUAAGAAAGCCCUCAGACACUCUGAGUUUUAGCUGAAGGCUGUGUUCCUGGUGUCUCAUCAAACUUUGAUGUCUCACCAUGAAACAUGACAGCACAGCCUACUGGUGUAGGGCAAGGACUGAAGUACUAAGUCUUUUUACUCGGUAAUAUAUACGUAAUAUAUACUUUUCUUUCGUUGAUAUAUUUUUGUCCUAGGUGGGGGAGAAAGCCUAUUCUCUUUGUGACCAUUGCAGUUCAGGCUGUUUUUGGUUUUGCUCAAGUCUUCUCAAACUCUUGGACGGUGUUCUGCGUCCUCCUGUUCCUCAGUGGAAUGGGACAGAUUUCCAACUUUGUGACCGCUCUUGUGUUGGGUAAAUGUGAAUAUUUCAUUCUUUUGUAUUACGUCAUUACACUGAACAAUAUUAAAUUAUUAUAUAAGAUAUACACUCACCGGCCACUUUAUUAGGUACACCUGUCCAACUGCUCGUUAACACUUAAUUUCUAAUCAGCCAAUCACAUGGCGGCAACUUAGUGCAUUUAGGCAUGUAGACAUGGUCAAGACAAUCUCCUGGAGUUCAAACCGAGCAUCAGUAUGGGGAAGAAAGGUGAUUUGAGUGACUUUGAACGUGGCAUGGUUGUUGGUGCCAGAAGGGCUGGUCUGAGUAUUUCAGAAACUGCUGAUCUACUGGGAUUUUCACGCACAACCAUCUCUAGGGUUUACAGAGAAUGGUCCGAAAAAGAAAAAUAUCCAGUGAGCGGCAGUUCUGUGGGCGGAAAUGCCUUGUUGAUGCCAGAGGUCAGAGGAGAAUGGCCAGACUGGUUCGAGCUGAUAGAAAGGCAACAGUGACUCAAAUAACCACCCGUUACAACCAAGGUAGGCAGAAGAGCAUCUCUGAACGCACAGUACGUCGAACUUUGAGGCAGAUGGGCUACAGCAGCAGAAGACCACACCGGGUGCCACUCCUUUCAGCUAAGAACAGGAAACUGAGGCUACAAUUUGCACAAGCUCAUCGAAAUUGGACAAUAGAAGAUUGGAAAAACAUUGCCUGGUCUGAUGAGUCUCAAUUUCUGCUGCGACAUUCGGAUGGUAGGGUCAGAAUUUGGCGUCAACAACAUGAAAGCAUGGAUCCAUCCUGCCUUGUAUCAACGGUUCAGGCUGGUGGUGGUGGUGUCAUGGUGUGGGGAAUAUUUUCUUGGCACUCUUUAGGCCCCUUGGUACCAAUCGAGCACCGUUGCAACGCCACAGCCUACCUGAGUAUUGUUGCUGACCAUGUCCAUCCCUUUAUGACCACAAUGUACCCAACUUCUGAUGGCUACUUUCAGCAGGAUAAUGCGCCAUGUCAUAAAGCUGGAAUCAUCUCAGACUGGUUUCUUGAACAUGACAAUGAGUUCACUGUACUCAAAUGGCCUCCACAGUCACCAGAUCUCAAUCCAAUAGAGCAUCUUUGGGAUGUGGUGGAACGGGAGAUUCGCAUCAUGGAUGUGCAGCCGACAAAUCUGCGGCAACUGUGUGAUGCCAUCAUGUCAAUAUGGACCAAGCUCUCUGAGGAAUGCUUCCAGCACCUUGUUGAAUCUAUGCCACGAAGAAUUGAGGCAGUUCUGAAGGCAAAAGGGGGUCCAACCCGUUACUAGCAUGGUGUACCUAAUAAAGUGGCCGGUGAGUGUACAUGUCUGUCUUGAAUGCAUCCUGUACAAACUUACUAGCACUUCGGACAUAAGUAUGUCUUUCUCUACUUUUCAGGAGCUGAGAUUUUGACCGGCAAUGUGCGAGUGAUAUUUUCUUCAAUGGCUGUAUGUCUGGGUUUUGCUGUUGGCUUCAUGAUGCUUCCUCUCAUCGCUUACUGCUUAAGAGACUGGAGAUCUCUCCUGCUGGCUUUGUCUUUGCCUGGGCUGGCCUGUCUACCCCUCUGGUGGUAAGUUGUACCGUGGUCAUAAAUUUUAAAAAUAUGCAUUAACGAUAAUGCAGCCUUACUUUGUAUUAUAAAUGUCUUGUUUUAAUUUUUGUUAAGAGCUCUUUCAGUCGAUCUUUGUUCUUUUUUCAACAUGGCAGGCUUAUCCCAGAGUCUCCCAGAUGGCUGCUCACUCAGGGAAGAGUGGAGGAGGCUGAGGCCAUUAUGAGAAAGGCUGCUAAGUGGAACAAAGUUCAGGCUCCACAGGUCAUAUUUAAGGAUUACAGUGCACAUGUAAGCCCACCAAAAACACUUUUUUUUUUUUUGCAAUUUAGUUAUUCCUACCAUGUCCAAUUGAAGAGAUUCAAUGACAAACUAGAAUGAGGUGAGACUAAGGUUUUGUAAUCUGUAGGUUGGUGAGAAAAAGGUCGACGAUCAUGAACAACACUCUUUCUUCAGCCUACUGAAGACAAGCAACAUCAGAAACACCACUAUCAUUCUGUGCCUGGUGUGGUAAGUACGCUGUCGGGAUACGUAAAUCAUCAAAUUAAGACAAGUGCAAGAAUUAUUGGAAACACUUUAUCUUGAACCCACCUCUUGUAACGCAUAAUAAGCACAUGAAUAAAACCUUAUAAAUGAAUGCAUAAGGCUUCAUAACAACCCUUAUGAGCGAUGAGCAGUUAGAACAGCUUAAAGCAAUGUUAGUGAUGUGGUAUAAGUCAUGAGCAUGACGCCUUCCAAAGUUAUGGUUUCUUAUGCAUUAUACCCCACUGCUUAUAACACCUCAACAUUGCUAUAAUCUAUAAAGGAUGCUUAUAAUCACUUAAAUGGGUUUCCUAUUUAGCCUUAUUGUCUCCACUCACCGAGCACCAGUAAAAUAAUUCACGCGAAUGAGUUACAUUCUACGACUCUGGCGGCGUGAAUUGGGCGAAUCUCAGUUUGAGCGAAAAUUUCCGUCACAAUAACUACUCAGCACGAAGGUUUCCAGGUGACAUAUGAAAAUGGACGGUUGUUUACUGGUAUCUAAAAUGGAGGACAAACUGAUCGAGUCAGUGUGUGGUUGCCCCGAAUUAUAUAUCUUUUCUUUCCUUCAAUUACCGAAACCGAAAUAAUAAGGAGCUCACGUGGAGGCAAGUGAGUGAGGAGGUCGGAUUACGUGGUAAAUUGUAAAAAACCUUUGACUAUCACUUGAUCCUGCCGGUUGAAUUGGAAGGGAUUGCUGUUGAAAUUACCGUUGACGCGCGAAUGAAGUCAGUAAAUGCUAUUGAUUCACGUGUCUGGAUUCGUGCGAAUUAAGCGAGUAGAUGAUUUUAGUGUGAACGCCUCAUUGAAGAUCUAUCUAUAGGACUUUGUAAAUGUGCUUAUGAUGCAUAAUUAGAGUUGGGCUCAUCUAAAGUGUUACCAAAUGAUUAUUGUGUUCACACCUGAAGUGUUAUUGCACUCUUCAAACUGCUCCAUUGUCUGUAUCUUCACAGGUUUACUAUGAGUGUGGGAUACAUGGGCCUGUCCCUGAACACAUCCCGACUUCAUGCCAACCCCUUUCUCAGCUGCUUCAUUUCAGCCGCUAUCGAGGUACCAGCGUACAUUACCAGCUGGCUCGCAUCACGUUACCUACCACGACGGUUAUCCAUCAUCUGUAUCUUGCUUCUUGGAGGAGUGUCGCUUUAUCUAAUUCAACUCAUACCAAAAGGUAAGCGGUAUAGUGGGGCAGCCAGACAUCACCAUAUUUCAAGGGAAAGAUGUUCUCAUGCACAGCGAUAUGACCGAGUCAGUUCCAUAUCGAGAGGAAGAUAUGACUUGAAACAUAACUUUUAAGAGAAUUUUUAGAGAGGAGUAUGAUGAGUCAUUCCUGAUAUCCCAUCAUAAUCCAUCUCUGACCUUUCAGGGUUAUUGAACCUGGCUGUUGCACUGGAGAUGAUGGGUAAAUAUAGUAUUACCAGUGGUACAUCUCUGCUCUAUGCCUACACAUCAGAGCUUUACCCGACUGUACUCAGGAACACGGCCAUUGGAACAUGUUCAACAGCAUCCAGAUUGGGCAGCUGCAUCUCACCUUUUGUAUUACAACUAAGUGAGUAAAAACUCGUCUUCAAUUGUAAGCUAUACUAUUUGUUUAUCAGUAUUGUUUUGGUGGAAAGCCAAAGUUAGAGUCUUUUGAAUCCUCUGUACAUGUCAGUAAAUUUGAAUGUUGCACAAGACAAGACUUGCGCUUAACCCCAAAUUUUCUCACCUUCUUGGAAAGGUACAUACUUCAAAUACCUUCCAUACAUCGUAUUGGGGACCAUAGCCAUUGUAUGUGCCUUUGCUGUUCUCUUCCUGCCAGAGACUUUCAGGCAACCUCUACCUCAAACUAUUCAAGAGAUGCACAAGAGAGAAAAGUAGGUUUUCAGCUGUGAAGUGUACCAGAGGUUUCCCUUCACACAAAAUUGAUUCUUUGUGCUCAUCAUAAAAAGCGGCAAAACUGUCGGGUUAUUUGUUAAAUUUUUGAAGGAAAAAGAAAAAUGCAAAUCAAGAAAAUUUAAAAUUGCAAUAUUUUUAUUUUGAAAACUAAAAGAAGAAGAAUUUCUUUGUCUUUUGUCCCAACAGGUUGAAGUGGCCAUGCAUCCCUAAGAAACAACACUCAAAAUGUGGGGUGCCUUUUGAAACUAAACUGUGAAAAACUUUUGAUGGAUGACUAGACCAUUUCAUACUGACAUGAAGCUGUGAGUAAUCUAAAAAAUUAAAGCUUAACAUAGAAAUGUAGUUCACUGUUUCAUAGUUUUGGAGGAAAUAAAUUUAUAUUUUAAUGACGUUAAUGUUAUGAUUAAUAAUUUCAAUAAAAU